CUUGCACUUUCCGACUGCAAUUUGAAGCUGAUACAACAGUUGAAAAUGUACAGCACAGCGAAAAAGCAGCAUCAAUCUCAUAGAUUUGCAGUAGAUCCUUCUAUCGCUACCAUUUAGAGAGGGUAAGCGUCUUGAUCGAUCUCAAUUGGAAAUAUGGAGUGGCUCCUAUCGACCCUGGCCUCGACUGCCGCCGGCAACUGGCAGCAGCACUCCGCCAUCGCGGGCGACCUCCGCCACCUGCAUGACAGUCUGCCCGUGAUCCGCGUCCUCAUCGACAGGGCCGAGCAGUGGCGCUUCAGCAACCCCAACCUCGAACGGCUGCUGACCCAACUCAAGGAUGCCUACUACGACGCAGAGGACCUCAUCGACGAUUUCGCUUACCACGACCUGCAGCAGAAGAUCGACGGCAGCCAACACGGCCAGGCAAGUCGUCUGCUCUCUUCUUCUGUUACUUUCUUCAAGAAUUUGAUUGCUGCCGUUCCGAACCAAGUCAAGGAGAUACAAGGCAGGCUGGAUGCUGUUUCCGGCGAGCUGCAGAAGGUGAUAGUGCUGUUGAAUCUGCAUGACGAGCCGAAACGGUACGGCGUGUCCGCUGGACGUAAGACGAGCUCGUUAGUUACUGAAUCAGAUGCGAUCGGCCGUAACGAGGAGCAGGAGAAGGUGGUCGCAUUAUUGCUGCAGUCGGCUGAUGGUUCUGGACCCAGUGAUGAUGAUGAUAGUAGCAGUAGUGAUCGGUUGUCUGCCCCUGCUAAGAGAAGAAAGAGGGAGAAUGUGUCUGUUCUGCCCAUAGUCGGCAUCGGAGGGAUGGGAAAGACCACCUUGGCUCAGCUUGUGUACAACGAUCCAAGGGUGAAUGACCAUUUUUUGCUGAAAAUUUGGGUUUGCGUCUCCGACUUCUUUGAUGUGGAAAGACUGACUAAAGAGAUCAUAGACAAUGCUGAAAGUGGGAGGCAAAGUAAAGAUAUAAUAGAAAGCGACGACAAGGGGUACCGAACUGAUGGAAGGAACUUAAAUUCCCUUCAAGUGUUGCUGAAUAAAAUGAUGGUAUCAACAAGGUUUCUUCUUGUCCUCGAUGAUGUGUGGAAUGAGGAUAGAAUGACAUGGGAAAAGUUUUAUGCACCGUUGAGGGAGGCACAUCGAGGAAGCAUGAUCAUUAUAACCACUCGGUCUCGAAAAGUCGCCGACAUAAUGGGCACGAUGGAUUCCAUCCUGUUGAGGGGCUUGCCAGCUGAUUCUUAUUGGAAAUUGUUCGAGAGAUACGCCUUCGGUCGCGAAAACUUGCAAGUUAAUCAAGAAUUGGAAGGCAUUGCUAAGAAAAUUGCUGCCAAGUUGAAGGGAUCUCCGUUAGCUGCAAAAACUGUGGGAAGCUUGUUGAAUUCGGACAUGGGAAGCUUGUUGAAUUCGGACAUGGACGUGGGACACUGGAGGACGAUCAUGAACAGUGAAAUAUGGGAGUUGCCACAGCAGGAAAAUGACAUCCUGCCGGCCCUCCGAUUAAGCUAUCAAUAUCUCCCGCCACAUUUGAAACAAUGUUUCUCACUUUGUUCGAUCUUUCCCAAAGACUAUAGAUUCCCUGAAGAUCAACUACUCGAUAUUUGGAUAGCACAAGGCUUCGUUGCACCUAUAGAAAACAUGCCGCUGCACAUUGUGGGAACUAGGUACUUGCAUGCGCUAACAACCAGGUCCUUCUUUCAGCCAUAUCUACCAAAACAAUGGAAUAAAUAUGUAAUUCAUGAUUUAAUGCACGAUCUAGCGCAAUUAGUUUUAACGAAUGAAGCUGUCAUGAUGCAAAAUGAUAAAUGUCAACGAAGAAUCCCGCCUACUGUUCGGCAUAUGUCAAUAUGGACCCUCCCUAACCUGGAAACAAGUUGGUUAAUGGAGUUAAGCAGCUACAGUAAAUUGUGGUCGCUUUUAUUAAUCCAAAAUAAUUCUUUCAAGUUCUCCCAAAAUUUACAGCCUAACUUCAGUUCUGCAAUUAGGUGCUGGUUUGAUCAACUUAGAAAUAUUCGGUUACUUAUAAUAAAUUAUUGUAAGAUCAAAGAGUUGCCUGAGAACAUUAGCAAUUUAAAACAUCUCCGUUACCUUGACAUAUCCUACAAUGGUAUCCAAAUGUUACCGGAAUCACUUGGUCGCCUGUAUAAUCUACAAGUUUUGGCUGCAUAUGGGAAUGACUUUGAGGGUUUUCCUAAAGAAUUUACAAAGUUGGCUAACUUGUUGAAACUUUACAUUGAAGAACAUAAGUUAUGUAUGGUAGAUGAGAUUGGGAAGCUGACUAUUCUUAAGAGUUUGCCGGCAUUUAAAGUCCUAAAGGAGCACGGCCAUCGGAUUGGAGAACUAAAGGAUUUGAAGCAACUGUAUGGAAAGUUACGCAUUACAUGUCUUGAAAAUGUUGAGAGUAGGGAAGAUGCUUGUCAAGCCAAAUUACACAACAAGGAACACUUGGAUGAGUUGGUUCUAGAAUGGUCUGCUAUUAGAAAAAGAAGCUUCAUGUAUGACAACUUCUCCCAAAUAGAGGUGCUUGAAGGCCUCCAGCCGCAUUUGAAUCUAAAAAAGUUGGAAAUCAGAUGCUACGGCGGUGAAAAAUCUCCUACUUGGUUGCAGCCACAAAUUUUACCUUACCUAAGUGUACUGCGCAUUAUAAAUUGUCCAAAUCUUGCGGAACUAUCGUUUCUGUAUCCUUUGCUCAAAGAGCUAUAUCUACAGAAUUUGGGUCUGGACAUACUUCCCGAAUUAUGGGAUGAAUGGUCAACUGGUGAAGCCAGAACCGAACAAGGUAAUAGCGAUAUAAAGAGAUCAUCUCUUUCUACAUUAUCCAUACGAUGCUGCCCAAAAAUAAAAAGUAUUGAAAAUCAGUUGUUGCCAGACUACUUACCGGUUAUCAAAAUCUUAUGUAUUGAACAUUGCAAAGAGCUAGCAUCACUUCCAACUGAAAGAUUUAAAGACUUUGUCUCUCUUGAGGAGUUGACAAUAAUCGGUUGCCCGAAACUCACCUGCCAAAGCACACUGGAAUUACCUGCUUCCAUCAGAUCUUUGCAAAUAGGAUCAUGUGGUGAGCUCGAAAAGUCCCUUCCCAACUGCCUAGAGAACCUUACCUCUCUUCGGUGACUACUAAUAUGCGAUUGUCAGCAUUUAGUAUCCCUUCC